UCAACAGAAGUGGGUAACUCAAUGGAAAGAGUAAGCAGACAUUACAAGUCAACAUUAUAACUGGAACACCGGGGGUGAUAGCUACUGAUGUAAACCGUUAGACCACGGGGAAAGCAGCAUUACUUCUCCAUUGAAAUAGGCUGGAUUCAUCUUAAACUUUUAUGUGAAAUUUCGUCGUAUGGGCAUAUGUUUUGUACUGUUUUGAAAUACAGGGCAGUCUUUCGUUAUUAAACCACUUUCCGUUAGGCCUCCGAACUGAUCAGGACCACAAUAAAUACCUCGCUUGUAGUGUAGCAUGUCCCGUAUAAAACCCUGGUAGCCUAAUGCAAAUGAAUGCAUUUUGAACAACUACAAUUUUUUUUGGGGUGACACUGACCCAAAGCAGAUUUUUUUGACUAAAGAUUUUGGAGCGUGUCGGAAGAUGUGGCCAAACAACUCCUGAAUGUGGAACGGAUAUUGUACCCGCCGUUCUUGAGUCAGCUGGGCAUGACACAUUGGACCGGAGGGUUGAUUAAAUCAGAGAUGUUAAUAUAUAGAGCCUCAAGACAAACAAUCGAUGAAGCAAUGACACCUUGCCAGUUUUAGAGAAUGUUGGUCAGAUUUUAAUUAGCACUGCUCUUUGAAAAUCGUGAAAGAGAUGGAGAAGGACGAAAACCUGCACUGUGUCGCUUGAGACCAGACAUAGAGGCGUUAUUUACACGGGCUACACAGUUCGCUUUUCUGUAUGUGUAUGGUUUCAGUAACAUUUUGCAAUGGACUGUGCGGAAUACCAAGAGGAAAACUUGGAGAAGAAGGUCUGCAUCGUGGGAUCAGAACUCGUCGACAACUACACCGUUUACAUAAUUGAGGUGUAUGUAGGAGAGCACAAGUGGAUCGUAAAACACCGCUACAGCGAUUUCCAUGAUUUGCAUGAGAAGCUCACUGCUGGGAAAAAAAUUGACAAACACCUGUUACCACCAAAGAAGAUAAUUGGGAAAAACUCCAAAAGCCUGGUUGAAAAAAGGCAGAAAGAGCUCGAGGUGUAUCUACAGACACUGCUGGCCCGCUUUCCUGUGGCUGCACCCAAAGUUCUGUCUUGUUUUCUGCAUUUCCAUUCAUAUGAAAUCAAUGGAAUUGCUGCUGCUCUGGCAGAGGCGCUUUUUCACAAAGGCGAGCAGCUGUUGGUAGCUGGUGAGGUGUUUCUCCUGCGGCCCCUGCAGCUGUAUGCCAUCACUCAACAGCUAAAGCUUGCCAAACCCACAUGUGCCAAUGGAGACGCCAAAGCAGACCUCGGCCAUAUACUGGACUUUACCUGUAGACUGAAAUAUCUCAAGAUUCCUGGAACAAAGGGAGCAGUGGGCACAAGCAAUAUUCAGGAGGACAGCCUACUGUUUGACCUUUCUGUGUUUAAAUCGCUGCUUCAGAUUGAGAUCAGUGACUGUGACUCGGCACAGAUCAGUGGGUUGCCUUCCUUGAAACCCACUCUGGCUACUUUGAGUGUCCACCGCUCUACAACAUCAAUGAAGGAUAUAAUUGUUCCAGAAGCAUCUGAAUUUGCCCAGUGGGCACCAGAAGGAGUGGAUACCGACUGCCCUGUCACAGCCAUCAUUCCCACUUGGAAAACAUUGACUACACUAGACAUGAGCCGUAACCAAAUCACUUGCAUUGAUGAGUCUGUUAAAUUAAUCCCCCAAGUAGAAUUCUUAGAUCUUAGCCACAAUGAACUAUCCCAUGUGGAAAAUCUUCAGCAUUUGUAUAACCUGAUUCAUCUGGACCUGUCCUACAACAAAUUGACAGUUCUAGAAGGGGUUCACACCAAGCUUGGCAACAUUAAAACUCUGAAUCUGGCUGGUAAUCAGCUUGAGACACUUUCAGGCCUCAACAAACUGUACUCCUUGGUCAACUUGGACUUGAGUAGCAACAAAUUAGCACAGUUUGAUGAGAUUAAGCCCAUAGGCACGCUCCCUUGUUUGGAGAAACUCUCGUUGGCCAACAACCCAAUGUGCAUCAUUCCAGACUACAGAACCAAGGUCCUGGCCCAGUUCUGGGACCGAGCCUCAGAGGUCUGCCUGGAUCACACUGCAACCACAGAGAAGGAACUGGACACAGUGGAGGUCCUGAAAGCCAUUCAGAAAGCCAAAGAAGCAAAGGACAGAAUGGCCAACAGUGAUAAAAAGAUCAGUGAGGAGCCCAGACCCCAGUGCGCCGCAGGUGGAGCCCAGCCCCAGCCGUCGCUCCCUUCCUCUUCCUCUAGUCUCGCUGCUCUUCUUCCUGCACCUCAGUCUCCCACUCUCACCCACUCAGCCAGCUCCAGCCAAGAAAUUGUUUUAAAAGAAGAAGCCAUUGCUGACAAAAAAAUGUUGACUCCCGUGGAUUCUCCGCUUGCCAAAAAAUGCUGGAACGCACACAACACUUCCUAUGAGAAAAUACCCCAGGUUACAACUCAACUACACGAACCCUGUAUGUCUUGUGAAAUCCCCACUGAUCAGCAAUUGAAGUACAACACUAGUAGCUGCUGCUGCUGUGCCGAGGACCCUGGCCUGUGGACAGACCGACAGCAGAGCCCUGUGUUGCCCUGCUGGCUCUUGUCCUACACCACUGCUCGCCCACACUUCAUCCAGCAGUUGUCCGCUCUCAUCAGCAAGGUCGCACAGGAGAAUGACCCAGACUCCAGUCUCCAUGGAGAAGCCCUGAACUCUGAACCCACUGAACAGGGAGCCGGCCCAGUCCCUGGAGAUGGCUACUUUGAGAUGGGGCCGGACUCCAGUGAGGACGCUUCUGCUCCGUCAUCCUCCCCUCCUUUCCCCUUAAAUAUUGAACAGUCCGAGGGGCAGGCGGCUGCGGAUAGAGAGGCUGACCAACACAUCACUAAAGUGUUGUGGGCGCACUGCAUCCGAGUGGGGAAAGGUGUGAGUCAACUAGCCUGCUGUCUGGUUCUUACAGAACGUCUACUUGCUGUUCUCUGCCUCCGCUGCCCCGAGCAGCCAGCUACUGUGACUGAGCUGCUGGAAGGCCUGGAGGUGGAGCUCGUGGUGCCGUACUCCCACGUGGAAGCUCUGUGGUUCUGUGUCCCCGACACCUGCCUCUCACUCAGGUUGAGCUCUAGCGCCACCCGCUGGCACUUCUUUGCAGACAGCGGGGGCUUGAAGGAGGUGCACACGCAGAUGGCUGCUCUGCUCAAGAGUCUGCCACAGCUGGAGCAGAAGGCCCCUAGCAGGCCCGUGUCUGUCACCCAGCUGCUCUGGCAGCAUCUCCACUCCUGGGAGUGGGAGGAGAGUGACGGGGCGGUCAAAGUAGGUCACGCCGCCCACCUUCUGGACCCCCACGGCCCAGAGAGCUACCCACGACCCCACGCUGACAUUCUCUCCCACUGGAGUCCGCUUGAGUCGGCGGCGGACACCACCGACGGAGGGGAAGAGCGCCUAGCCUCGGUGCCCUGCAUCCUCUUCCUCACACCCCGUCACCUGUGUGUGCUGAAGGUGGACUUCCUGUCGCUGGUUGAGCACGAUGGCCCUGAGGGCCAGGGGACGCGUCUCUGCUCACAGCUCACCCGGGUGCCCCUGGCAGCAGUUCUGCUGAGCCCCAGGAGGCAGGGGUGUCCUGGCCUCAACUCACCCACGGUGCAGCGCUUCCAUGACGGACACAUUCUGGAGCUCAUGGCAGGCUCUCAGCUGCUCAGCCUCGUCUUCAUCCUCCCCCGUGAUAAGUUCCUGUUUCUGCGGCAGUUCAGCCAGUACCGUACUGGUCUGAGGGACAUUAAGACGGUGGCUUUCGCCCAGAGCCAGAGCUACUGUCACAGGAGGUCUAGCCACCGCUCCCCACCCACCAAAGCCCCCCAUAGAGGGCACAAGAACAGCGGUGCCCAGGGGGUCCACAGGCCUCUCCUGACCCUCUCAGUGCACUACCCCUCUGAGCCCCUGGUCCAGAAGCUCUCGGAGGAGAAUCAGUGUCCCCCACACCUGGACCUGUCCCCCUCCCUCCACCACCUCUCCAGUCUCAGGGGAGACCAGCUGGUCGAGUUCUUCCAUAGCAGUAUUUCUGAGGUAGAGAAUGAGGAGCUGAAACACAUUCUUUGGUCCUCUGUGUUGUUCUACAAGUCGCCUGAGGUGGAGAUGGCUGCUUGCAUCAUGCUGUCUACCAAAGCUCUUUACUUCAUACUUGAUGAUACUGCCUCUACUCUCACCGACCAAGCACACAUAUGGAGCUGGCAACCUUCUGAGAUUGCGGAAAUAGAUUUCAUCAUCUCGUACUGCUUUGCCAUGAAGCUGGAUGAUCUGCACAGCGUCAACGUGGGCCUUUUUGACCAGUGCUUCAGGGUGGUAGGCCAAUCAGCAGACCACAUCAUCAGUUGUCUGAGUAGGGACAGCUAUGGUACUCACCGUUUCCUACAGCAGCUCAUGACUGUGCUCUCAUUGUUGGAGAAGGUGCCCUCUCCUGAGCCUUCGGAGCAGGAUUUCUAUGCACAAUUCGGAAACAAAAGCACAGGUAAAAUGGAAAACUAUGAACUGGUCCACUCCAGUAAGGUGAAAUUUGUUUACCCCAGUGAGGAGGAGAUAGGUGACCUGACCUUUGUUGUGGCAGAGCGUAAAGGUCCACAAGGCUCUCCUCCUCGCUCCUUCCACAUCCUGCUGUACCUAUUGGUAUUUGAAGUUCAGCUUCAAGGGCCCUCACAGACCCCCAAGCCUCUCCUGCUGCCUAAGACCCUCAUCCUAACCGCCACUGACGUUUUCUUGCUUGAUGAAGACCACAUCAGUUACCCGCUGCCUCACUUUGCCAAGGAGCCGCCACAACGUGAUCGCUACAGGUUAGCUGACGCACGGCGCAUUCGCGACUUGGACCGCGUGCUCAUGGGGUACCAGACCUACCCACAGGCACUCACGCUGGUGUUCGAUGAUGUGCCCGCUGGGCCCGACCUGCUGUGCCACCUCACCAUGGACCACUUCUCUGAGCAGCCCGGGGGAGACGGAACGGUACGGGCAACGAUUGCGGCGGGACCAGAUGAUGGAGAGGUGCAGUGGUGUGUGUUCGUGCCGGCGGCAGACAGCCGGGAGAGGCUGAUCUCACUGCUGGCUCGGCAGUGGGAGGCGCUAUGCAGCAGAGAGCUGCCAGUGGAAUUGACUGGCUGAGCUGUUAGCUAGUUGCUAGCCAAACUGUAGAACAUUGAGGGAUCCAUAUGCAAGGUGGACUGGGCUGGAAGUGCAGUACCCAAGGCUGUUCUGCACUACUAGUUUUUUAAGCGAAUGCGUGUUCUUCAAAACAUGCAGUUGGUUUGUUUACUUUAGCAGAACUCAAAGUUUCCUACCUUGCCUCAAGACUCCCACUCACCACACUUGAGCAAAAUAUUAUUCUCACUCUAGCCUCUUUCCUUUACCAGUACCAUUUCUAUCACACAAGAUAUCCUUAGAAUUUGCACAGAGUCCACCAGAGUCGAAUAUUCUUUUGUUGUCUUUGGCUUCUUGCACUCCUUAAUUUUCUUCUCUGCUUCCUGGUUAAGCAAAUCAGCACAAUCACUAUAGUAUAGUAACGAUGCUAGGGAUCUCUCUUUGUGUGUGUGUGUGCACAAAAGAGGGAGAGAUAUUUCCAUUAAAUCAGUAUUGUCGUAUUUUAUUCCAAAGUCAUUUUUGGACACAAGCAAUGGUUUACGGAAGAUCUGACUAUGUAUUGUGUAUGUAUAUGUCCUCUGUUAAAAUACAAAAAAUGAUUUGAAGUGUUUUAUUAUUUUAUAUAGUAUUAUAAGUGCAGCAACUGUACAUCCGGUACAGUUUUUCCUUCUAGUUUAUUUUUUAUGUUCUGCAGUGGAUUACAAAAAACUGUUAUUUUCCAGGGCUGUAAUGGUGGACAUAUUCACAUUUACAUUAGGAAUUUAAAGUAUGCACUUUAAACUGUAUAUAAUUUAAAUGUGACCGACCACAGGAACAAGUCUGUCGGCUGCAUUGCCAUGUACCUGUGACAUCCCUCUCCCCACAGUUGGCAUUAUUGAUUAUUGAUUUGCUAAAGAGCAUUCACCGCUGAUGUUGUAUGUUUUUCAUAGCUUUUCUAUCUUGUGUCAGGAGCUGAAGGGAUUGUCACACUGUCCUUGCACAUACUUUUUGCUGCCCCUGUUUUAUACUAUGAUUAAAUGUGUUUUAAGGAAAA